CCUUUAUUUUGAAAGUCAUUAAUCUAGUCUGAACUCCUGAGAUGCUGCUGAUGGCGUUCUUCACACCACCGUUCUAAAGAGAUACAGAGCAGUUCAAUUUUACUUAACUUCAAGACGUUAAACAGUUUUUGCUCAGUUAGUUCUUCUGUCACUGUGUGAUUGGAUCACUGUGCAGCAAUGUCUUACCUUCCAACUCUCUUCAAAUACGUUGAUGAGCACCAGGACGAGUAUGUUGAGCGCCUGGCACAAUGGGUUGCUGUACAGAGUGUGUCUGCCUGGCCAGAGAAACGAGGAGAAAUCAAGAAGAUGAUGGAGUUGGCAGCCAAAGACAUUGAGAGACUGGGAGGAACUGUGGAGAUGGUUGACAUCGGCAUGCAGAAGUUGCCAGGUGGUGAAGAGAUCCCUCUUCCUCCAAUAAUUCUGGGUAGACUUGGCUCAGACCCAGGCAAGAAGACUGUGUGCAUUUAUGGGCACUUGGAUGUGCAGCCAGCCAACAUUGAGGAUGGCUGGGACUCACCGCCCUUCACUCUGGUGGAAAAAGACGGUAAAAUGUACGGACGUGGAUCUACGGAUGAUAAAGGCCCUGUGUUAGCCUGGUUCAACAUCAUUGAGGCCUAUCAGAAGAUUGGACAGGAACUGCCAAUCAAUAUAAAGUUCUGCUUUGAGGGAAUGGAGGAGUCUGGAUCAGAAGGAUUGGACGAGCUGGUUUUCUCUCGCAAAGACUCUUUCUUUAAGGAUGUGGACUACGUCUGCAUAUCUGAUAAUUACUGGCUGGGGAAGACCAAGCCCUGCAUUACCUACGGCCUGAGAGGAAUCUGCUACUUCUUUGUUGAGGUGGAAUGCUGUGAUAAAGAUCUUCACUCUGGCGUGUUUGGAGGAUCCGUUCAUGAGGCCAUGACUGACCUCAUAGUUCUGAUGGGCUCUUUGGUGGAUAACAAGGGAAAAAUUGUAGUACCAGGGAUAUACGACCAUGUGGCUAAACUGACUGAUGAAGAGAAGAAGCUCUACGAAAAGAUUGAGUUUGACCUGGAAGAAUACGCCAAAGAUGUUGGAGCAGGCAAACUGCUGCAUGACACAAAGGAGCAAAUUCUGAUGCAUCGUUGGAGAUACCCAUCCCUUUCUUUGCAUGGCAUAGAGGGAGCUUUCUCUGAGUCGGGAGCCAAAACUGUCAUUCCCCGCAAGGUCAUUGGCAAGUUCUCUAUCCGCCUGGUCCCUGAUAUGGAUCCCAAAGUGGUGGAGAAACAGGUAAUUACCCAUGUGGAGAAGAAGUUUGCAGAAUUGCAAACUCCCAACAAACUGAAAUUGUACAUGGGACAUGGAGCCAAGGCCUGGGUGUCUGACUUUAACCAUCCUCACUACAUGGCUGGCAGAAAGGCCAUGAAGACUGUAUUUGGCGUGGAGCCUGACCUGACUCGUGAGGGAGGUAGUAUCCCAGUGACUCUAACCUUCCAAGAAGCAACCGGCCAGAAUGUUAUGCUGCUGCCUGUCGGUUCUUCUGACGACGGGGCUCACUCACAAAACGAGAAACUCAACAGAUCCAACUAUAUUCAGGGCACCAAGAUGUUGGGAGCUUACUUCUAUGAAGUAUCUCAACUUAGCUAACUGGAGCGUCUGAUUCAACGUGACUUGGCUGGUGUAUUUUUAAUUGUCUGAAGAUGUGAAUGAAAUACUUGGAUAAGGGUACGGUCUCUAAAAGGAUGCUGCAUCAUAAAAGUUUUUUUUUUUCUGCCAAGGAUGGCAUACAUUGAGGAAAUGGUGGUAAAUGGUGAUAAUAUGACAAUCUGACUAUUUCAUGCAGUAUCACAUGUGACAUGUAAAAACAACUUAAUCGCUCUUUGCUGGCAUUUUGCUGCUAGAUUUCUCAGUAUGUAGUCAUUUUCAGGGUAUGAGAUGUAUUUCCACCCAACUCUCUUUUUUUUAUUUUAAAUUUUUUAGUCCAGCUCUCUCUAUAAUGAUCCAUCAAGCAAGUGUUUUGAAAUCACUGGUGACGCAUACAAUUUAGACCAAAUAAGCAUACAUUGUUUCAGUCUACAGUAUACCUUGUCGCUGUAGCACUAGUCUGUCUCCCAGUGUCUUAAUAUCCAAUCUCCGAUAGAGUUAUAUCAGAGGAAUUAUUUUUGGGCGAACUGUCCCUUUAAUAUGGAAUAUAACAUGAACUCUUAUCUGGUGUAAUCUGUUUACAUAUGACAAAUGCACUCCUAUAAUAAAAUGCAAAUGAUCUCCUUAAAAUUCAA